ACCAGAUCAAACAGAAAAAGAGGAAAGAAAGAACGAAACAUCACAGCAUUCUUCUUCUCCCUUCACCACCCACACUCCACCAAAGAUAGAAGAACCAAAAGAGAGAAAUAGCUAAGAAGAAGAAGAAGAAAGUUUUCAGUUCUGUUCUGACACAGACAUACAAUUUUCUCUAGAAUUCCUCACCUGGGUGUUGUUGUUCAUCUCUCUUCAAUCAAUCCAACCUCAUCAAGGUUCUCCACCCACCAUACCUUUUUCUUUCCUAAUCUUCCCCAACUCUGCUUGCUGGUAGUUCUAAUCCUGUUUCAUCAAAUUCCCCAAAGUCGUUUCCUUUUUCCCAAUUCUUCUUUCUUCUGGUUUUCUUGGUGUCAGUCACACUACCAUGCGAAGCUCUACUUCUUGCAUAAGGCCCCAAAUGUCUGAAGUCUAGACCUUUUUCUGGAUCUGGGAAGUCUGAAUUGUUUGGAGUAAAGUGUGGGGCAAAAUCUGAGGCUUUGGGGAGUUGGGUUUAGCUCAGAGGACUGGUAGAUGUGAAGGGUCACUGUGAGUUUUGAUAGAUGGUGUUGGUUUCCAUUGACUUGGUAGUAUAGAGCGGAGGAGGUUUGUUAAAGCUAUGGGAUCUACUAACUUGAUGAAUUAUAAAGGGGAGUUCAAUUUGGAAGAUAGGCUGUUGAUUGAUCCUAAGCUGCUCUUUGUUGGACCAAAGAUUGGUGAAGGUGCUCAUGCCAAAGUUUAUGAGGGAAAGUAUAAGAAUCAAACUGUGGCAAUUAAAGUAGUUCAUAGAGGGGAAACACCAGAGGAGAUUGCCAAGAGAGAAGCACGGUUUGCCAGGGAGAUUGCAAUGUUAUCCAAAGUGCAGCACAAGAACCUGGUCAAGUUCCUUGGUGCUUGCAAAGAACCAGUCAUGGUGAUAGUAACUGAGCUUCUGCUAGGUGGGACGCUACGAAAGUACUUGCUGAACAUGCGGCCAAGGUGCUUGGAGAAGCAUGUUGCAAUUGGUUUCGCUCUCGAUAUUGCUCGUGCGAUGGAGUGCUUACACUCCCAUGGGAUCAUUCACCGUGAUCUUAAACCCGACAACUUGCUGUUGACAGCAGACCACAGAACAGUAAAACUUGCAGAUUUUGGUUUAGCAAGAGAAGAGUCAUUAACCGAGAUGAUGACUGCCGAAACAGGAACAUAUAGAUGGAUGGCCCCUGAGCUUUACAGCACGGUAACAUUAAGGCAUGGUGAGAAAAAGCACUAUAAUCACAAGGUGGAUGCUUAUAGUUUUGCAAUCGUAUUGUGGGAGCUUGUCCAUAACAAAUUACCUUUCGAAGGCAUGUCCAAUCUACAGGCAGCUUAUGCUGCUGCUUUCAAGAACGUUAGACCCAGUGCCGAAGACCUCCCCGAGGAGCUGGCCUUAAUAGUAACCUCAUGUUGGCAAGAGGAUGCAAAUGCCAGGCCGAACUUCUCCGAGAUCAUACAGAUGCUCCACCGAUACCUCACCACAGUAUCGCCAGCAGCACCUGUGAUCCCAGCUCGGAUGUAUUCAUCCGAGAACAAAGUCCUGGCCCCCGAUUCACCUGGCGAAAGCUCUCUAAUGGCUGCAAGAGAUGACCCAGGUGACACCCCCAAAACCCAGAAUGGAGAAGAAGAUGACAAGCCUAGUAGAGGCUUCUUCUUCUGCUGUUAAUGAUAUCGUGAAAUGAAAUCGCUCCAAAAAAGGCGCAACAUUUGAAGUCAUUUUGGAGUACAAAAAAAAAAAAGGUUUACAUCUUUGAUGACAGGAUUAUAAACCCCAAAAACAAACUUAGUUGUAGCAGCAGCAAUGGAGAAAGGGAGCUCUGGAAUAGUAGUCAUGGUGGAGAUCCCACUUUUUCCUUAAAAGUGAAUAUUAGCAGUUCUUUUUUGUAUGUUCUUCUGACUCAGAAAUAUUUUAUCAUGUCAUAUCCUCUUAUGUCUGGAAAAGGGAAGAAAGGAAGCAAAGUUUUGGGAUCAGGGAGUGGAGGGGUUGCACUUUGCUGGUAGUGGUGGUGGUAGUGGGGAGAGUGAUGUAUGAUUAUUAUUAACUCAAUUAAUCAAAUGUCUGUGUAAUAAGAAAAGGUUCCUCUAAGAAGGAACUUCUUUUCCUUCUUCUUCCCAUUACUGUUCUUGUUGUUCAUAGUUUGGUCUUCUGUUGGUGCUGUUGAAUGUUGAUAAUGAGGAAUGGAAUAGAAAGUAACAGUCUUUUCCCUA